CCUUGUAGGAGGAGACUACUCUCACUGGGCAAACUGAUCGAUGACGACAGCUUAAAAGCGAGUUUUAAUUGGCUGCAAGCAAACCACACCUCCUCUGGCGUCGUUCAGGGGAGGGGCGAGUUAAAGCCACAUUUUCACAUGCUGAGUUUGGCGUAUGGCGUGUGCGGGUUUCCAAGCCGGUGUUAGCUAAGCAGUAUAAAGUAUAAGCAGUAUAAGCAGCAUCUCCAUUACGUUCAGCUGAAAUUUAUCUGAGUUUAAGGAGUUGCCGAAGGACAGAUAAAACUGUAAAUUAAAAAACUGAAAACAUGCGGAUCCAGUAAGGGCUAAAUAUCGCUGUUCAGCUCUGAAGUAGACUUUUGUAGGAUUGCACUUUUCCCACACUAGGUGCAGUUUACUAGCAAUCUUCUAGUACGGAGGAGACCUGCAGCCAUGGCAGGCAAGGGCCGUGGAGUGGGUGCUUUUACCUUCAAUAUUGAUGCUCUGGGUAUCGGCAGGGGCAACAUGCCAGAAGCCAGGGUGGGGCCCAGCCCUCUGUUUCCAAGCACGGAUUUUAAACCAGUUCCACUGAAAGCCGGUGAGGAUGAGGACUACAUGCUGGCCUUAAAGCAAGAGAUGAGAGGAACAAUGCAGCGGCUGCCAUUCAACAUCAAACCUCAGUCCAGUAAAGCAGAGGUGGAGAGAUACACUGAGAGAUACCUGAAGCAAAGCCAGAUUAACGAUGAUGAAUGGACUCCAGACUGGAACCUUUUUCCAAAAGAACUGAUGCCCAGAAGAAAAAGACCUCGGGCUAAAGCAGCAGCCACAAAGAAGAAAAGUGUGAAGAUCUCACGCAAGGACACAGAGAACAUUCUCAGCAAAUUAGAUGAAUUGGCAAACAAAGACGACCCUGAAAAAUCUGAUGAUGAGACUGAAACGAAGACCAGAAAUGAGAACGAAAAGGAGGAAAUUGAAGAGGAAGAAUAUGAAGAAGAGGAUAUUGAAGAGGAAAACGAUUACAUUGAAAGCUAUUUUGACAAUGGCGAAGAUUUUGCUGCGGACAGUGACGAUAAUAUGGAUGGUGAAGCAACAUACUGAAAAUCUCUCAAGCAAGCGGGUGCUGAUGAGACUGCUUCUAUUGGUUAAAUACUGCACAUACAUUGGGAAUACUGUUCAGCAGAGUGGAGCCAUGCCUUUUUCUUUUCCUGAUCUUGAGCUUUCUUUAAAGACUAAUGUAAAUAAGAAAUGUUAAAAUAUUUGCAUAUGGAAAUAAUUUAUUCAAAAUAGAUUUAUUUAUUCUUCAUCCUGUAUACAAGUUUCACAGGUUGAAAGGCACAUACUGUUAAGAACACAAUGCUCUGUCAUAAAAUAUCAACAAAACACUGAUAAAAUAAAAGGGCUACAUAACAAGA